AUGCGCUCUUCUAGAGCUCUACGGUUACUAUGUACCCGCUCAACGAUACCACGCAGGUCUGGCAGAGCUCCCCUAAAGCCUGCAGUCAUCCGCAAUGGCUACUGCUCAGUCUGCGAAACGGCGACCUCCAGAGGGAAGACAGCGAAGUCAACAACGAACCUUCCGAUUCUCCCUGCAGAUCACCGUCAGCUAGGAAUUGAGCAAGAGCUCUUCACAACAUCAGUAUACAGUCCAGGGUCCACGAUCUUUUUACCCAAUGGCACAAAGAUAUUUAACAGCUUGACGAGAUUCUUACGGUCACAAUAUGAACACUUCGGGUUCGAGGAGGUUAUUACCCCAACCAUCUACAAGAAAUCGCUAUGGGAAAAGUCCGGGCACUGGGAAAACUAUGCGGAGGAUAUGUACUCGGUGACUGGCCGUGGAGCAGAGGCUGCGAAGGAGGACCGCCAAAUUGGGGAGGAUGAAGAAUAUGGCUUGAAACCAAUGAAUUGCCCAGGGCACUGCCUAAUUUUCGCAUCCAAACAGCGAAGCUAUCGAGACCUACCCAUACGGUAUGCCGAUUUUAGUCCUUUGCACCGGAACGAAAUCUCUGGGGCAUUGAGCGGGUUGACGCGGGUACGGAGGUUUCAUCAAGAUGAUGGGCAUAUAUUCUGCAGGCCGUCCCAAAUUCGGCAGGAGAUUUCGAAAACUUUGGAGUUCGUGCGGUUGACGUACAAUGUCCUUGGUCUCGGUCCCUACAGGCUAGCCUUAUCCACAAGACCGGCUGACCAUUUCAUUGGGAUGGUGGAGGAGUGGGACAAUGCCGAAGCGGCAUUGAAAGAAUCUCUUGAUGCGAGCGGGCAGACAUGGACAAUCAAUGAGGGAGACGGAGCUUUCUACGGACCAAAGAUUGAUAUCAUUUUGAAGGAUUCAGAUGGCAAGGAGCAUCAAACUGCAACAAUCCAACUCGAUUUCCAACUUCCCAAACGCUUCGAACUAGAAUACCAGGCACCAGCUCCCGAGGUUGAGAUGAAGGGCCUAACUACAGAUGAUCCAUCACUUUUGGCUGUCCAGGGACCUGUCACCCCAGUACUCAUUCAUCGAGCUGUUCUGGGCUCAGUCGAAAGAAUUAUGGCGCUUUUGAUUGAGCAUUAUAAUGGACAUUGGCCAUUCUGGUUGAACCCUCGACAGGUGAUGAUAGUGACCGUCUCUGACGACGCAGCCGUUGUCGAAUAUGCGCGAAAAGUUCGAGAUGAAAUCCAGGGCUACCAGCCAGCGGACUCCCAAAGCUCGUUGGGUGGCAUCAUGCCUCUUAGAGCUGGACUUACCCACAGCCACAACAUCUCGAUUGACAUCGAUGAAAGUGCUCGGCCCCUAAAGAAAAAAUUAUCUGAAGCGAAGCGUAAACGAUACGGGAUCAUUGCAGUUGUCGGCAAACGAAACGUUGAAACGCAGCAUCUUGAGGUUGAUUUUACUGCUAUACCUACCUCCCGCUAUAAUGUUGGUAAUAGCGCACUGUUGAAUAUCAUUGCGAGAUCGACAGGUACUAAAGGAAAGGAGAGCAUAUCCGCCGUGGGUGGGCAACAUAUUAAGUCACUGGAUGACGGCUUAGGUGGUGAACAACCACUUAGACUUAGUCCGGAUCAGCUGAAGAAUAUUUCUAUAAGUCCGAAGAGCUUGAGAAGAUUUUUGGCUGAGCUGCAAACAUGUUAUGUUUAG